UAACAGAGAUGGUGAGAAUAAAAUAGGGCCUUAAUUUUGCUCACAAUGGCAGUGAGGGGUGAGGGGUUGAGCUGGGUUUGCUCUGGCUGUGCUGCAGUGCCGUGUCUCCCAAGCAGGACCUGGAAACAGAAGGACACCAAGGACCUUCUUGGGCUGCUCAGGAGACAGCCCAGUGAGCAGCUGGCAUUCCCUGGGCAGUGGGCACCCCUGCUGCUGGGCUCCUGCCAGCUGGAGACCCCUGGGCACGGCCCGCAGCCAGCGGGAUGAUGGGCUGGAUUGACCGGGUGGUGCCCCAGCCCCCGGUGCCCCAUGUGACAGAGGAGACCCCUGUGCGGGAGCUGCAGCCAGCUAAGGCACCCCCAGGAAAGACCGGUGGCCCCACAGAUGCUGCUGAGCGGGCACACACUGAGGAAACGGAAAAGAAAGUGGCCUUUGUGGUUUCUGAGGACUCGAGUUCUGUGUUUGACAGUGUGGGGAGCAGUGUGCUCUCCUGGCUCUCCCAUGGGCUGGAGAAGGUGAUUCCCCAGCCAGCCCCAGCCCCAGGGCUGCAGGCACUCGGGAAGAGCUUCGAGACAAGCAUCGACAUUGCUGAUGAGACAGAGGUCCAGGUCCUUGGGGAUGAGGAUGACGAUGGCCUGGAGAUAACUCCCUUCGAUGCUGAGGAGGAUGUCUCCGAGGGCGAGCCGGAGAUUGCCCCGGAGCAGUGGACAGGAAAACGGGUGCUCAGCUGGCUCUCACAGGGCUUCGAGAGGAUUUUGCCGCAGCCAGAAGGGAUGAAAAAGCCGGAGACAGAGCCGAAGGAGAGGAGCGAAGGCGCGGUGGAAGGCACAGAAGGGACUAAAACCCAGGCGAAGUCGAAAUGCAGCGCUCCGGGCCCUCAGAGCGCCACAGCAGCAGCCCAGGGCCAGCUGGAGCCGGGGGCUGCCCUGAGCCCUCAGACCGCGGCUGCGGAUGCCACCAGGAUGUUCAGCUGGUUUGUGCAGGGGCUGGAGAAGGUGAUGCCACAGCCGGUGACCAGGGAGAAGCAGGACACACAGGGAGUGGCCACAGCAACCUUGGGUCCUGUGGAACAAAUUCCUGUGGUCCCUGCGGGGCAGGAGGAAACCCAUCUCAUCCUGCAAGAGAUUGAUGAUGGCCAGGUUAACGAAGAGAUGCCAGCCUGGGCUCACGAGGCUGAGCUGCAGGCAGAUGCUCGUUCCCUUCCCACCAUAGAGGAGGAACCUCAGGAAGAAGAAACCAGACUGUGCUUGUGCUCCCCAAACACUACCAGGGGGGAUGAGGAAAAGCCGAAGGAGGAGGAGAAAGAGCAGAGGAAAGAGGAAGAUAAGAAAGAGGAGGAGCAGGAGGCGAGUGCAGAACCCCUGCUGCAGCCUGCUUGUCUCCCUGCUGAUGAGGGUGUGGAUGAAGCCUGCCUUGCCCAGGAGGCCCUCAGGGCUGAGCAGCUGGAGGAAGCUGAGAUAAGUAAUCUCCAAGGUGCCCUUGUGCAGGUGGAAGAGGAGACAGCUGAAGCUCCCAAAACUGAUGCUGAAGGUCAUUCCCCCACCGUGGAGAUCCAGGAUGUGGACAGCCCAGGCCGUGCUGUGGAGAUCCAUGGCACCCACGGAGAGCUGCCUGCCGCCGGCGCUCCCAACCUGCUGGCGGUGCCCGGCGCUGCAUCCCCCAGGAGGGAGCGACUGCUCCCAGAGGAUGCUCUGGACACGGGGCUGGUGAGCCAAUCCCCCAGCCGAGGGCUGGGCUGGGACCAGGAGCAGAGGAAAAGCCUGCCCGAGCGCAUCGGCUCGGCCUCGAGCCUGAGCAGCGCCGUCAUCAACACCCGGCUCCAGGAGCUGGUGAGGCUCUUCAAAGAGAGGACUGAGAAGGUGAAGGAGAAGCUGAUUGACUCUGAUGUCACCUCAGAUGAUGACAGCCCUGUGGCAUCUCCCACCAAGCCAGCACCUGCAGCAGCAGCGGUGCCUGCCCCAGGAGGGGAGCUGGAGGGGGACAAACUUUUGGGGGAUGACCACUACUGUGAGAUGCUGUGCUGCACGUUCAAGCACCGGCCCUGGCUGGACCACCUGAAAAGCUACCAGUUACCCAGCAGCAUUGACCCCCUCACCAAUCUGAUGUAUGUGCUGUGGCUGUUCUUCGUGGUCAUGGCCUGGAACUGGAACUGCUGGCUGAUCCCUGUCCGCUGGGCCUUCCCCUACCAGACUGCAGCCAACAUCCACUACUGGCUGCUGGUGGAUUACCUCUGUGACCUCAUUUAUCUGCUGGACAUCCUCAUCUUCCAGACCCGGCUGCAGUUCGUGCAGGGGGGAGACAUCAUUACUGACAAAAAGGCCAUGAAAGAGAAUUACUUGCGAUCACAACGCUUCAAGAUGGAUGUGCUGUGCCUGCUGCCCCUGGAUUUCUUCUACUUCAAAGUGGGUGUCAACCCCCUGCUGCGCUUCCCUCGCUGUCUGAAGUACAUGGCCUUCUUCGAGUUCAACAGCCGCCUGGAGGCCAUCCUGACCAAGGCAUACAUCUACAGAGUGAUUCGGACCACUGCCUACUUGCUGUACAGCCUGCAUGUGAACUCCUGCCUCUACUACUGGGCCUCAGCCUACGAAGGACUGGGCUCCACCACCUGGGUCUAUGAUGGGGAAGGAAACAGCUAUAUCCGCUGUUACUACUGGGCAGUGAAAACCCUCAUCACCAUCGGGGGCCUGCCAGACCCCAAGACACUGUUUGAGAUCGUCUUCCAGCUGCUGAACUACUUCACAGGGGUCUUUGCUUUCUCUGUCAUGAUAGGGCAGAUGAGAGACGUGGUUGGUGCUGCUACUGCAGGACAAACCUACUAUAGGAGCUGCAUGGACAGCACCAUCAAAUACAUGAACUUCUACAGGAUCCCCAGAGCAGUUCAGAACAGGGUGAAGACGUGGUACGAGUACACGUGGCACUCCCAAGGCAUGCUAGAUGAGUCAGAGCUGCUGGUGCAGCUGCCAGACAAGAUGAGGCUGGACAUCGCCAUCGAUGUCAACUACAACAUCGUGAGCAAAGUGGCCCUUUUCCAGGGCUGUGACAGACAGAUGAUCUUUGACAUGCUGAAGCGGCUCAGAUCAGUGGUCUACCUGCCCAACGACUACGUGUGCAAGAAGGGAGAAAUAGGCCGUGAGAUGUACAUCAUCCAGGCGGGGCAAGUGCAGGUGCUGGGGGGACCCGACGGCAAAUCCGUGCUGGUGACACUGAAAGCUGGAUCUGUCUUUGGGGAAAUCAGCCUGCUGGCAGCAGGAGGGGGAAAUCGCCGGACAGCAAACGUCGUGGCCCACGGCUUCGCCAACCUUUUCAUUUUGGAGAAGAAAGACUUGAACGAGAUUUUGGUGCAUUACCCGGAGUCGCAGAAGCUGCUGCGUAAGAAAGCCAAGAAAAUGCUGAGAAGCAACAACAAACCCAAAGAUGAGAAAGGAGGCCCCGGAGAUGCCCUGGUCAUCCCCCCGAGGGCUGAGACCCCCAAGCUGUUCAGGGCUGCCCUGGCUGCCUCGGGGAGGAUGGGGGGCAAGGAGCCCCUGGGGCGGCUCCGCUGGAGGCUGAAGGAGCUGCAGGCGAUGCAGGAGGCGCAGGGUUCCAGUGUCAGCCCAACCCCACCAAAAUCACCAGUGCACCAGAGAUCGCCUGUCACAUCCCACAGAGCACAAACCCGCCUGGGAGGAGAAAUAUCCUCAGAAUCUUCUGAUCAUUCAGUCACCAUUCGUGUGAUUUCCACAGCAAAAGAAGAUGAGGAAAUCCUUGCUGCUGAGAUUUCAGAGAAAGAUGAAAAAAAUGAAGAGCCAUGAAACAGCAGCAGGUCCCAGGGCAGGCGUAGGAGUCAGACAAAUGCCUGGGCUAGCAGAUUUUUGUUGUUAAUGAUUUCCAUGCAGUGGCUGUAGGUUUGCUAUGUGCUGUGGGUAGGAUCUGCCUCUCUCUUCUGCCCAGACCCUCAAUCACUGCUGAUAAAACCCUCUGCCAUUUGACCCAGAACCAUAUAAGGUUCCUCCACUCUGCAGAUCCAUUGAGCACCUUUAUGAAUUUCCCACUAAAUCUCAGGUCAGCCCUCUUGCUUUGAAAUCUGGCCUUGUGGAGGGAGAGCUAUGGAAAAAUUGCUUUUUAUGGCUCUGGAUGGUUAAUGAGUGUUCAGACAAAGCAUGAAGAGUUAUUCACCUCUGACAGCUGAGUCACCACUUGGCUAGAAACAACCAAGGAAAAAAAACAACAAGGUUUCUCUGUUGGGCUCAAGGUUGACAGCAGCAGUGGGGAGUGAUUCAUCUGAAAAGGAUGUGGACUAUGCUCACAGGCCAAGCUUGAUUUGCUCACAAAUCAAGCUGUGAUGAGAAUGCCAAGCUCUGUCCCCAAGUGCACAGGCUGCAAGAUGCUUGAGGGUCCCCUCAUGGUGCCAAGACCCCCUUGGCUUUGCCACUGGGAAGAAUCCUUGCCAGCUGUCCACCCUGGGAAGGUGGUGGACUCUCCAUUCCUGGGGGAGAUUUGAUGGGCAUCUUCCAAGGAUGGAGAAGCACAGUCCUGGAUGAGAUGUUCCUGGAGUUCUUUUCCAGACUUGGGAUUUUUCUGUGCUGCCACUGCUGGGAGGGAUAAGCAGAGAGCAGGAAGGGAGAAGCUGAGCUGGUUCCCAGCUGGGAGGGGAAAGAGAAGUGCAGUGAGUGCUCUCCUCUCCCAGACAGUGUUUCAGAGUCAGCUCAGAGCCUGCAAUGUGCCAACAAGGGUGCAUGAGCAUGCAGGUGCUCCCCUGCACUCAUUGCUGGGCCUCAGUGGCAUCCCCACUUCCAGCAGGCAAUUCCCAGCCCUUCAGCCACUUCAGGCUGGCUCUUGGCCACAUCUCCCACGGAGAGAGAAGCCACUCUGGUACUGCUGGUCACUGAAGCCAUGAAGUCACUCUCCCAGCUGUGCUGGGAGCGGGUGCUGGAGGGGAAGGCAAACAUGGCUCAAGGUGUCCCGUCUUCUUCCAGCACCACCAGCUCCUUCCUCAUCCUCCUCAAAGCCAGCACCCAGCAAAGCAAGCUGCAGGUGAGCUGAGGUGGUGAGAAGCAGUGCAUGAGGUGGUGCUGGAUGAGGUUUGCAGAUCCUCCCCAAGUUUUUGGCUGCCCAAAUUCCCACAGCACCACUGGCUGCAUCGAGAGGAGCCGCUUUCCAUCCUCUGGAGGAGAAGUUGGGGCAGGUUUUGCUGCAGGGAGCAGCCCUGUCACCGUGGCCAAGGGACUUGCCAGGUGUUCAGCAAAUGCAGUGAGCAGUGCUGCAGGUUCCACAGGUCUGGCUGUGACACAGAGAAGGGUGGCAGUGCUGGUGUCACCCCCGGGUGAUCCCUCUUCCCAUCAGCAGCCCAGGGCUGACCUUCACCUCCUUUGGGAUCUUCUUUUGUUGCUUUUUCCCCCUCUCUUGCAAAAUGUAUGGGUUUCUGUGGCAAAACAAAAAAAAAAAAAAAAAAAAAAAAAAAAAAAAAAAAAGCCAGAAUAGACAUUAGCAUUAGUUAAUAAUGUCUUGCUUUCUUUUUAAACAAAUAUAAUGAGCUCCACUAUACUGCAAGAGGGUCUGAAGCCAUCAUUGCAGGGGAGAGCCUGCACUCUCCCAAACCUCCCCAAAUGCUUCUCAUCCUCAGUCAUUUGCAAGUGGUUUCCUGCCAGGUAGAAGAUUUUAGUAGGGAGUGCAAAGUUGGGUUUUUUUUUCACUCUUUAAAUAUUUAUAUAAUCAAACCAGGAAACG